AUGCAUUCAACAAAGCAUAUUUCAAGAUUACCCAAAGCUAAACAGCAAGUCAACAACGGCAGCGCAACCAGACUUGAAAGACAAAAGCAGCACUCAAUUGUCCAGGAACCUAAUCUGUCCUCGGGCAUUCCCACCAUUGACAUUCCUACAUUGGUUGCAUUUCUUCAGUCGUUAGGUAUUGCUGCAAUAGAACCAGAUUUGCUUGAGCCCAAUUCAAGACGAACCAGAGAAAUGUGUGAACUACUGCUGCAGUACUUUGUCCCUUACCGUAUGGAACCCCUCAGGAUCCAAAAAGAGAGAACAGCAAUGGAAUUUAAAGAGUCGCUUGAAAUCAGUAUGGAACAUGCCGAAGCAAUGCCUGUGUACCGGGAGUUGCACUUCUUUCUAGAAAAGAUUGCAUUCAAGGAAUUCACAAUAGUCGAUAUCUUGACACCCAAGUCGCACCGUUUACAAAGGAUGUUGAGCGUUGUCUACAACUACAAAUUAUUCAGAGAUUCAGCAUUUACACAGUUUGGGAUGCUAGCACAGGAUGCAGUGGAUAAGACAGCGUUGUAUGAAGCCCGUGUUGCCGAGAAAGAAGCAUUGCAAGCUAAAAUUCAGCAAUUACAGGCAAGGAAGGAAGCAGAGAGCCAGGAGGCGCAGGAAUGGGAGGCAAAAAAUCAAGAGGCAGAGCAAAUCGUGCGACAAUUACGAAAGGAGGGCGAUGCUAUUUUGAAAGAUAUAGACGCCUACAAAAGCGAGAGACAUCAAUUGAAGGACACAUUGCAAGAAAUACAGUUUGCAAUGAUCAAUGUAAUUGAAUAUAUUAGAACCUUGAAGCAAUAUGAAACGAUGGAUGUGGACGCAUUAAACAAGAAUAUGGCAGAAUUGGCGAUAGUCAUUCAAAAGAAUACAGAAGAGGUAAACAGCAUAGAGUUGGACUACCCCACACUAGAAGACAUGGCAAAAGACACAAAAGCAAUCCAUCUUCACCUCAGCAAGGAUAUCCAGAAAAUGGAAUCACUGACAAAACUGAAGGCCGAUGCCCACAGACAACAAAAGACAAAUGAAGCCGUCAAGCAAAAUCUUCAAAACUUGUUAGCGAAACAGAAGGAUCUGAGUGGGAAACUAGUAGCAUGCAACAGGUCUCUGAGUAUUUAUAAUGCACGACUUCGCGACCUUGCUGAACAGAAAGAGAAGAAGGGAGAAUUAAUAGACCGACAUUUCAAAGACUUUGAGGAACAGAAGAAAUCUUUGCUUCAAGAGUGUGAGUCAAGAGAGAUCGACAAGAAAAAAUACAAUUUAGACACAGAAACGGCCAAGGCGAAGUGCGAUAAUGCGGAAAUCGAGAACCAAAAAUUUGUGAGAUCGCUUCAACUGGAAAUGCAAACACUACUGAAAUUUAUUGAUAAAAUGUACAUGCAGUUACAAGCCAUGAAUCCUUAA